CGGAGCGCACGUUACGAGCCGCGCUCUAUUUCGGUUGAACUCGGAGGUGGGAAUGCACGCAAAAAUGAAAGCGAACUUGCAGCUCUGCCUGCUGCUGCUCAUAUCAGUUUUUUGCUCACCAUCAUGUGCUGCUGAGACGUUGCCCUGUCGCCUGCGCGAGACGAGCCACGGCAGUGUGUGUGUGUGUACGAGCAGCUAUUGUGACUAUGUGGAAAUGCCUUUGCUUAACAAUGGACAGCAAAUUGUGGUGAUUAGCUCCAGCCAGAAUGGAUUGCGAUUCAAGAGCACAGACGCGAGCUUUGAUGGACAGGAUAAAUUUGUAAUAGAGGACGAACGAAGCACCGCCAAGAGUUUCAUUGCAGAGGCUAUUAUAGUGGAACAAAACAGGGCCUGGCUGCAAUUGGCCACCAGGCCAGCCUUGUUAGCCUUAAAUGGCAGUGUUAAGACGGUCAAAAUCUCGGUUGAUCGGAGUAAACAUUAUCAGGAGAUAUCUAACUUCGGUGGAGCCUUAACCGGCAGCGUUUCGCACAUUCUGAAGCAACUACCCACCGAUCUGCAAGAUCAUAUUUACAAGUCCUACUUUCAUUCUCAGGGCAUCGGCUAUAAUACUGUACGCACGUCCAUUGGUGGCUGUGACUUUGAUCUUGAGCCCUGGGCCUACAACGAGCAGCCGCAGAACGAUGCACAAUUAAGCAACUUCAGCUCAUUAGACGCCAGAGAUUUACUCAAAGUAGAGCAACUGCAGCGCUUAAAGACAGUGGCUAGUCUGCCUGCUUUGAAAAUAAUGGCCGCCGCUUGGAGUGCGCCGCCUUGGAUGAAGACCAAUGGACGCUGGACAGGCUUUGGGCAGCUGAAGCUCCAAUAUUAUGACACAUGGGCGCAAUAUCAUUUGAAAUUUCUUGAUCUAAUGGAAGCUAAUGGCAUGCCGAUUUGGGCCAUAUCCACUGGCAAUGAGCCAUUAAACGGCAUCAUUGGCUUCUUCUUUGUGCAUUUUAUGAGCAUGGGGUGGACGCCACGACAACAGGCUAUUUGGCUAGGCGAGCAUUUGGGACCAACUAUAAGGAAUUCGGCACACUCUCAAGUUAAGAUCUUUGGCAAUGAUGAUCAGCGUUACACAUAUCCGGGCUGGUUUCGUAAGAUGCGCCGCUCACGCAGGAACUCUGUGGAUUACUUAGAUGGUCUGGCAGUGCACUGGUAUUGGGAUGAUAUCUUCGGACCAGAGCUCAUCGAUGAGAUACACAACGAAAUGCCCAACAAAUUGCUGCUCAACACAGAGUCGUGUUUGGGCGAUAAGCCAUGGCAGACCCAUGGUCCAGAGCUGGGUUCCUGGGAGCGUGGUGAGCAUUACAUGCGCGCCUAUCUUCAGGACCUGCAGCACAACUUCAAUGGCUGGCUAGAUUGGAAUCUGGUGUUGGACGAACAGGGCGGACCGAACUAUUCGCACAAUUAUGUGGAUUCGCCCAUUAUUGUGAACACGACCAAUCGCGCCGAGUUCUACAAGCAACCGAUGUUCUAUGCCAUCGGCCAUUUUUCCAAAUUCUUGCCAGAGAAGUCGAAGCGUAUCGAGACGAGCGUUUCGGGCUCCGAACUAACUGCUGUGGGCUUCGAGCGACCAGACGGCAAUAUUGCUGUGAUUUUAUACAACGGCGAGAACGCGCCCCUGGACGUGCACUUCCAAGAUACUCGACGUGGCGAGCUCACAAUGCGCAUUCCCCCGCGCUCCUGGCACACCGUGCUCUACACAUAACUGACUACAUUUUAUAUUUAUUUUGUAAAUUUGAGCCACAAUUUUAUUUUAAAAUCUGUAGAUGAUAAAUAAUCAACUAAAAUUUACUUCUAAA